AUGAACGGCUUCGAGAACGCAAUGUUAGCUGAGUCGGCUGUGGCACAGAACAUAAGAUCCCCCUACUUUGUUGGAAUGAACAAGUUGCAAGGAAAUUGGAGCAACUCAGACGGUUCAUCAUACACGUACACAAAUUGGAGCCCAGGCCAACCGAGCGCGUCCGCUACAUGCGCAGUGUCGAAUGCUCCAGAUGGUUCUUGGACGUCGGUCUCUUGUUCCAAUCCGGCUCCAUUCAUCUGCGCCAUAGCCGAGGAUGCCCAUCCAGCCGUAACCUGCCCAACAUGUGCAACGCCUACCUGUCCACCACCUCCACGCCAGCCGGGCCACUGUGAAUCUGAAUGGACGUACUUCGAAGGCACGGAUUCCUGUUAUCACAUUGCGCAAUCUGGUAAUGACUAUGGAAGUGGAAGCGAUCUCACAUGGAUUGGUCUUCGACAAGCCGACUAUCCCUCGAAAACCACAUGGACUUGGACGGAUGGCACACCAGUCAAUUAUCAGAACUGGGCUCCUAAGCAGCCCGACGACGACCAUGGUUCAGAGCACUGUGGUCAGGCGUACAGCGACUAUACCGGAAAAGAUCCUACAAAAGACAGCAGUUAUCGGCACUGGAACGACAUCCCAUGCUCAACGUCUAUGAGAGCCUUCGUCUGCAAAAAGGCAGCACUUCAUUGA